UGUGAAGGGGAGGUCUCUGUUCUUGGAGCUUCUUGCUCAUGAUAGAACUCGUUCACUGCUUCAUUUUCUGUUCUUAUUUGCUCAUCAAAUAAACAAAUUAGUGAACUUAUUCCACGAUGUCGCAUCAGACUGGUAUCCAAGCUAAUGAUGAUUUGAAAUCAUUGUUUGCUCAGUCCAAAGAAGGUGACAUACGAGUCAUUAAGAUUGACAUCAUCGACGAGGAACUCACACCUGUUACGUCGCUGGAACCUGCAAACGACUGGGAGACUGACUUUGAUCUUGUCCCCCCAUUACUGGAGGCCAAGAAAUCAUGCUACCUUCUUUAUCGACUGGACACAAAGAACAACCAAGGAUAUGAAUGGUUAUUCAUUGUCUACACUCCUGACUUUGCUCCAAUUCGAGACAAGAUGUUGUUUGCUGGUACAAAAGCUACAUUGAAGAAGGAGUUUGGAGGAGGACAUGUUAAGGAUGAACUCUUGGGAUCAGAAAAGGGUGAUAUCACUCUUGAUGCCUACCUCAAGCAGAAAGAAGCUGAGCAUGCUCCACCACCACUAACAGCAGAAGAAAGAGAGUUACAAGAUGUCAAACACCAAGAGGGUGCGAGGACACACAUAAAUGUUUCCACUAAGGUGUCUCACAUGACGGGUGUUCAUUUUCCUGUCAACGACCAAGGAAUUGAGAGCUUACAGAGACUACAGAACAAGGAGAUUCAAUAUGUACAACUUAAAUUGAAUAUAGAGAAUGAGACAAUUGAACUUGCUGGUGAAGAAGGAUCAGUAGAACCUGCUGAUCUUGCUGGGCUGGUCCCUACGAAUGAAGCACGAUAUCACUUUUAUCUGUUCAAACACACCCAUGAGGGAGAUUACAUGGAGUCAAUAAUGUUUAUCUAUUCAAUGCCUGGCUAUUCCUGUGGAAUCAAGGAAAGAAUGCUCUACUCUUCCUGUAAGGGACCUGUGGUAGAUUUUGCAGAGCAGCAGAUUGGCAUGGAAAUACCAAAAAAGAUUGAAAUUUCAGACAUGUCUGAAAUCAAUGAAGACUUCCUACAAGAUGAACUCCACCCAAAGAAAAAUCUCCAUCGCCCAAAAUUCGCCAAACCAAAAGCACCUUCCGGCCGUGGCGCACGAAGAAUAACAAAGCCCAAGAAACGUGAAGAAGGGUCUGAAGACUAAGUGAUAUUUUACAAUUAUACGAUGGUGAUUGCUUUAUAAUGAAUUUUGUAGCUAUAAGGUUUUUUAUGUAACAGAUAAACUAGUGUUUAUACUGAUAUAUAUUCUAAUAACGCAAUAAUGAAUAUCGUAAAUGUUUUAUUCCUUUCUAACUUGUCGAGAAUGAGAUUUGAUAAGCUGCGCUGGCUUUAGUUGAAAGGAAAUUUCGAUUCUGUUUGAUCGGAGUGAACUCGGAGAAAACUUCGGUCGUCGGCAAAAUAAAGGGCUCCUGUUUUUGGCACCUUUUUUCGCCAAACGAGUAGUGCGUCUUACUUUAGGAUUCCUGUGGAAAAACGAAAUGGUAUAGGGGGAUGGUUCACUCGCUGUUCACUCGCUGAUUCGUUUUAAAACAAUUGCCUUGACAAGUGGACCGAUUCAUUCUUACAUUUCUUUUUUGCGAUGAAGGCACAGGUAACCCAUAUCGAUUUUUUUUACAUUGUACUCGGUGCUCACGCUCCGCAGACUGGAUCCCCGUGUUUGUCGAUUUAGUUUACAGUAAAUACAAAACUAGAACUGCACAGGUGCCCCAUUUAUAUGGACGUGACUAGAGAAUCCAAUUCUGUUAAUCGACUUGCUUGAUACGCGCACCAAGAUGUCCUAAGUUGCAUCCUCGAACCAUGCACUUGUUCCGAUUCCUUUCCUAAUUUCUGAAAAUCCUUAAAUCGGUUAAUGCAUAAAAGAAGAGAUCAAAAGUUCCGCCUCACGUUUGUCGAUUGUUUUUAAUUCAGCCUGAAAUGCCUCUCACUGAGUUGAAACCGUUAAUGCGCAAUUAAAUAGAUUCUUAGAUCCACCCUAAGUGAUCUAAGUGAGAUCCUUCAUGCCACCUUAAGAGACCUCUAAGAUUUUAAUUCUUGUUGCUCCAGCCUGAAAUGCCUCUCACUGAGUUGAAAUGACGCCUAAGUGAUCUAACAUUAAGUGAGAUCCUUCAUGCCACCCUAAGCGAUCUCUAAGAGCUCUCGCAAAUGGACCAAAAUAGCGGGGAGGGAGGAGGGGGAGUUAUGGGUAUUAGAAAAGACAAGCAGACGCAGUUGACUCAUUUUUGGCCCAUAAAAAGUUAGAGGCCAAAAUACUCUACUGCUUUUAUGAUACCGUUAUUAGCAUUGUAAUAUUGUAUGUUGUACAGUAUUGCUAAAAAAUGCGAGUUUCAAAAUUGAAAACUGAAACGAUUAUUGUACCGAUACUCGAUAGCACUUCCAACCAGAAGCGAAUCCACUAAAUAUGGUAAGCCUGACGGGUGGCGAAGUGGUAAUAGCGCUCGUCUCUCGCUAAUGCGAACUGAGUCGUAUUCGCGGACUUGAUGUGAUAAGUAAUUAAAGUUUCUAGUUCCUGUC